AAUUUUGCGGUUGGGCUUUUUGCUGACUGUUUUCCCGGCGUCAUUGUUGAAUUUUUUGCUGGUGGCCGGAUAAUAAAACGGCGGGGACUGCUUGACCCUCAAAAAGAGCCGGACGAGUAUAAGCGGAAAAGUCAAAGGAAUUUUUGCUUUGAAAAGUUUCGUUUUGAUAAGCCUCCGGAGAAAGAACUCCGGGCAAAGCCCGAAGCCGAAAGAAAAGCCGCCGAGGAAAAGUUUAAAGAGAUUGGGGAAGCCAAGGAUUAUUUAACUAAUAACGCUUCCGGGGCUAACACCGAAACUAUUGACGAGGAUGCAAUAUGA